CAAUCAAGAAACAGAAGACAGUAGACUCUGCUGUCGCCGAACAAGGUCCAGAACAAAACGGAACUAGUAUGGAUUCUUCGCGUAUCUUGGCCCUCCUCGAGGACCCCGAACUGUUCCAACAGAAUUACGAACAAAUACGAUACGAUAUCAUCAGCCAUAUCAAACAACAAGACCUGGUCAUCGCGAAUGUCACCAAUGAGUUGGCCACCUCUAAGACUGCAAACAAGGCUUUCAAACAAGCUUUAAGUGAGAUCGGUACCGUGGUUAUCUCUGUCGCCAUGGGUGACUUGUCCAAGAAGGUAGAGAUUCAUACGGUGGAAUCAGAUCCGGAGAUUUUGAAAGUCAAGAUUACAAUCAAUACCAUGAUGGACCAGUUACAAGCUUUCGCUAACGAAGUCACUAAAGUUGCAACAGAAGUUGCCAAUGGUGAAUUGGGUGGACAGGCAAAGAACGAAGGGUCAGUAGGUAUCUGGAGAUCGUUGACGGAUAAUGUCAAUAUUAUGGCUCUCAAUUUGACAAACCAAGUUAGAGAAAUUGCUGAUGUUACUCGGGCUGUCGCUAGAGGUGACUUGUCGAGAAAGAUUAAUGUACAUGCUCAAGGUGAAAUUUUACAAUUGCAAAUGACUAUAAACACCAUGGUAGAUCAGUUGAGAACAUUUGCGUUUGAAGUGUCUAAGGUAGCCCGUGAUGUGGGUGUUUUGGGUAUAUUGGGUGGUCAGGCUUUGAUCGAAAAUGUUGAAGGUAUCUGGAAGGAAUUAACUGAUAAUGUAAACGCUAUGGCUCUUAAUUUAACGACACAAGUCAGAAAUAUUGCGAACGUUACAACUGCGGUAGCCAAAGGUGAUCUAUCUAAGAAAGUGACGGCAGACUGUAAAGGAGAAAUUCUUAAUUUAAAAUUGACUAUCAAUCAAAUGGUGGAUCGAUUACAGAAUUUUGCAUUGGAAGUUACUACGUUAUCAAGAGAAGUCGGUACCUUGGGUAUUUUGGGUGGUCAAGCAAAUGUCCAAGAUGUCGAGGGCGCAUGGAAAGCAGUCACAGAAAAUGUCAAUUUGAUGGCUACAAAUUUGACCAACCAAGUGAGAUCCAUUGCUACUGUUACAACUGCCGUCGCGCAUGGCGACUUGUCUCAGAAAAUUGAUGUGCACGCUCAGGGUGAAAUCUUGCAAUUGAAGAAUACCAUCAACAAGAUGGUGGAUUCUUUACAACUUUUCGCAUCGGAAGUUUCCAAGGUUGCUCGGGAUGUCGGUAUUAAUGGUAAGUUAGGAAUUCAGGCUCAAGUCAGUGACGUCGAUGGUUUAUGGAAAGAAAUCACUUCUAAUGUCAAUACUAUGGCUUCCAAUUUGACCUCACAGGUCAGAGCCUUUGCUCAGAUUACUGCUGCAGCAACAGAUGGUGAUUUCACUAGGUUUAUUACUGUUGAAGCCAGUGGUGAAAUGGAUGCCUUGAAGACCAAGAUUAACCAGAUGGUGUUGAAUUUGAGAGAAUCUAUUCAGAGGAAUACUGCUGCUAGAGAAGCGGCCGAAUUGGCUAACAGCGCCAAGUCGGAAUUCUUGGCGAAUAUGUCGCAUGAAAUUAGAACCCCUUUGAAUGGUAUAAUUGGUAUGACACAAUUAUCAUUGGAUACUGAAUUGACUCAAUAUCAACGUGAAAUGUUAUCGAUUGUCCACAAUUUAGCCAACUCUCUUUUGACCAUUAUUGAUGAUAUUUUGGAUAUUUCGAAGAUUGAAGCUAACAGAAUGACAGUUGAACAGAUUGAUUUUUCGUUACGUGGAACAGUCUUUGGUGCAUUAAAAACACUAGCAGUUAAGGCGAUUGAGAAAUCUCUUGAUUUGACCUAUCAGUGUGACUCCUCAUUCCCGGAUAACUUGAUUGGAGAUUCUUUCAGAUUGAGACAAGUCAUUUUGAAUUUGGCAGGAAAUGCUAUCAAGUUUACUAAGCAGGGUAAAGUGAGUGUCAGUGUAAAGAAAUCUAGCAAGUUUACUGACGAUUCUGAGAAGUUGUUGCUUGAAGUCUGUGUGAGCGAUACUGGCAUUGGUAUUGAGAAAGAUAAAUUGGGUUUGAUUUUCGAUACUUUCUGUCAAGCUGAUGGUUCUACAACUAGAAAAUUUGGUGGUACUGGUUUGGGGUUAUCAAUUUCUAAACAAUUAAUCCAUUUAAUGGGUGGUGAAAUCUGGGUUACUUCAGAAUACGGUUCUGGCUCUAACUUUUACUUCACCGUAUCCGUUUCUCCAUCGAAUAUAAGAUAUACAAGACAGACAGAACAAUUGUUACCAUUCAGUUCUCACUAUAUCUUAUUUGUAUCUACUGAGCAUACUGACGCAGAAUUGGAAGACAUCAGAAACGGAAUUAUUGAGCUUGGAUUAAAUCCCGUGAUUGUCAGAGAUAUAAGAGAUGCUAGUUUAACCGACCCAGUUAAGUACGAUAUCAUUAUGAUUGAUUCGAUCGAUAUUGCGAAGAACUUGAGAUUGUUACCUGAAGUUAAGUACAUUCCUUUGGUAUUGCUCCAUCAUUCUAUCCCAGAAUUGAAUAUGAGAGUUUGCAUCGAUUUGGGUAUUUCUUCUUACGGCAAUACCCCUUGUACGAUAACAGACUUAGCAAGCGCAAUUAUACCUGCAUUAGAAUCAAGAUCAAUUGCUCAAAACUCAGAUGAGUCAGUGAGCUAUAAGAUAUUGUUGGCAGAAGAUAACCUUGUCAAUCAGAAAUUAGCUGUGAGAAUUUUGGAGAAGCAAGGUCACCAAGUAGAAGUUGUUGAAAAUGGGUUAGAGGCAUACGAAGCUAUCAGAAAGAAGAAAUACGAUGUUGUUCUUAUGGAUGUACAAAUGCCUGUUAUGGGAGGUUUCGAAGCUACAGAAAAGAUUAGACAAUGGGAAAAGAAGUCCAAUCCAAUCGAUUCUUUGAGUUUCAGAACCCCAAUUAUUGCUUUAACUGCCCAUGCGAUGUUAGGUGAUCGAGAAAAGUCGCUAGCUAAGGGAAUGGAUGACUAUGUUUCCAAACCUUUGAAGCCCAAGUUGUUAAUGCAGACUAUAAACAAAUGUAUUCAUAAUAUCAACCAGUUGAAAGAAUUAUCAAAGCAGAAUAAUAGCAAUAGAACAUCAGAAUUUGCUAAAAAUUUGAAGAAGGGAUCAAUUAAGAGCGGAGAGCAUCCAAAUUUAUUAUCAAAUAUUUCCAGUCCAACACUAGUCAAUGCAAUGACAAAUGGAAGCAAUUCAUCGCGUUCAACUCCUCCAUUUUCUGGUUCAGAUCUGUAUGGUGAGAGCCCAUCAAUAAAAAAAGCAAAUUCGAACGACUUCAUAGCCAAAUCGAGACCAGGACAACUUUCCAUGAAUUCUAGAUCAGUUACAGAGAGUCAAAUACCAAAAGCGCAAUCUAAGGAGGAUGGAAAGGACGGAGAGUACUUCCUGCUGAAGAUUGAGACUCUUGAGUAGUUUCUACUACGUUCUACAGUAUUUUUCUACAAUAGACUCUUGAUGCAAGGGUUGUGGAAACCACACAGUUUGUACACUAAAUAGAUAAUCAUGUAAAUGGAUAUGUAUCAUGU